UGCUAUACAUUUACUAAUAUCACAAACAGGAUAUGGUCCCUCUUCUGCGUUCGGCCAUACUGGCCAUUUGGGCCAGCAAGGAUCCCAGUUCGUUCCACAGCAGGGGAUGGGAAUGUUUGGAGGGCUACCACCAGUUGGGGGACCGUACUCAGGGAUGGGACCACCGACACACACACCACCCUACACAGGAUUCUAUCCAGAUGCGGGUGUCGGACCUUCCUCCUCCUUACGACCUGGGUUCGUCUCGGACACGUUCGUUCCAGAUAACGCUGGCGUGACCUUAGAGGAACUCAACAACUUGACUUCAGAAUCACCUAGCGAGCUAGGUGAUCCCGAUAUCUUGGGGCCUUCACAGCUAGGAUCAGCACCACUUGGGUACUCCCAGCACCAGACACCACAACCCUCUUUGCGUCCUGAGCGACACGUGAGGUCUCCGGAUCGUCACACCUACUCUCAGGACCAUGUCCAUGCCCAGCAGAGGGUGAAGAGGGUCCGACAGCGUAAGGGUGGUUAGAUGUAUCCGAUAUUUGUAUUUCUGAUGUUUAUUUGUACCGAGA